UAUAUACCCCCUCUGACUUCAGCUGAAAAUGUUUGUUUUUAGGGCGGCUACUUGACUGUUUCUUUCUCUCGCCCACCAAAAGAUCGAAAUAUCUCACGCUUCUCCAUCGAGUUUUUGGUUAUCCAGGGUUUUCAGGCGACGGCGAUGGCGGCCACGAUGGUCGGAUCUGCAAAGGAUUCGGCAGUCCAAAUGCAUAGGUUUCUCGGGCUCAGGCCGGUGGGAUUGGCUCCUUUGCGUGCAUCUGUGAGGGUUGCAUCCGUGGCUUCUUUGCCGGCGAGCUCUUCCUCUUCUUCUUCUUCUUCUUCUUCUUCAGUUAUAAGCGCUGUGUCUACGCCAAUAAAGCCAGGCUCUUCUGAGGUAAAGCGAAGUAAAGUAGAGCUGUUCAAGGAGCAAAGCAACUUCCUUAGAUUUCCUUUGAAUGAGGAGUUGCAAUCAGAAACUCCUAACAUAAAUGAGGCUGCCACACAACUAAUCAAAUUUCAUGGAAGUUAUCAACAAACUAACAGGGAUGAACGGGGUGUAAAAUCUUAUCAAUUUAUGCUUCGGACAAAGAAUCCAUGUGGCAAAGUUCAUAAUAAGCUCUAUUUGGCUAUGGAUGAUCUGGCUGAUGAAUUUGGCAUUGGGACACUUCGGCUAACCACUAGACAAACAUUUCAGCUUCAUGGCAUACUAAAGAACAACCUAAAAACUGUGAUGAGUACGAUAAUCAGAAGCAUGGGUUCAACUCUUGGUGCAUGUGGUGAUCUGAAUAGAAAUGUUCUUGCACCUGCAGCUCCUUAUGUGAAAAAAGAGUACUUAUUUGCUCAGGAGACUGCAGACAAUAUCGCUGCACUUCUCACACCUCAGUCUGGUGCUUAUUAUGAUCUCUGGGUGGAUGGGGAAAAGAUCAUGUCAGCAGAACCUCCAGAGGUGGUAGAAGCUCGCAAUGAUAAUUCCCAUGGAACAAAUUUUCCUGAUUCUCCAGAACCAAUUUAUGGAACUCAGUUCCUGCCACGGAAAUUCAAGAUUGCAGUGACAGUUCCUACAGAUAAUUCUGUGGAUAUUUUGACCAACGACAUUGGUGUUGUUGUCAUUUCUGAUAGUGAUGGAGAACCUCAAGGAUUUAAUAUCUAUGUAGGAGGUGGCAUGGGGAGAACACACAGAGUGGAAACCACAUUCCCUCGUCUUGGUGAACCCCUUGGAUAUGUGCCAAAGGAAGAUAUCCUGUAUGCUAUAAAAGCAAUUGUUGCCACUCAAAGAGAGAACGGGAGAAGGGAUGACCGAAAAUACAGUCGAAUGAAGUAUUUGAUCAGCCAGUGGGGAAUCGACAAGUUUCGCAGUGCUGUCGAGCAGUACUAUGGGAAGAAAUUUGAGCCCUUUCGAGAUUUACCGGAAUGGGAAUUCAAGGACUAUCUUGGAUGGCAUGAACAGGGAGAUGGGGCAAUGUUUUGUGGACUGCAUGUUGAUAAUGGACGCAUUGGAGGGAAAAUGAAGAAAACUUUAAGAGAAAUUAUUGAAAAGUAUAACUUGAAUGUCCGUCUUACACCAAACCAGAACAUAAUCUUGUGUGAUAUUCGCCGCUCAUGGAGACGACCCAUCACCACAGCACUUGCACAAGCUGGUCUGCUGCAUCCGAGGUAUGUUGACCCACUCAAUUUGACUGCAAUGGCAUGCCCUGCUCUACCACUUUGCCCGCUUGCAAUAACAGAGGCUGAAAGAGGAAUUCCUGAUUUCCUCAAACGCGUCCGAGCUGUUUUUGACAAGGUGGGUCUCAAGUACAAUGAGUCAAUUGUAAUAAGGGUGACCGGCUGCCCUAAUGGCUGUGCCAGACCUUACAUGGCUGAGCUAGGACUUGUUGGUGAUGGCCCAAAUAGCUACCAGAUCUGGCUUGGAGGAACACCAAACCAGACUACCCUGGCGCAAUGCUUUAUGAAUAAGGUGAAGUUGCAAGAUCUAGAAAAGGUUUUGGAGCCACUGUUCUACAAUUGGAAAAGGAAACGUUUGCAGGGCGAGUCCUUUGGGACAUUUGCUACCCGGAUUGGCUUUGAAAAACUGCAAGAAAUGGUGGAGAAGUGGGAUGGUCUUCCAGAACCUCCUUCACGCAUGAACCUCAAACUAUUUGCAGACCGCUCGACAUACGAAGCCAUGGAUGAACUCGCGCGACUGCAGAACAAAACCGCUCAUCAGCUGGCAAUGGAAGUUAUUCGCAACUUCGUCUCUACUCAACAAAAUGGCAAAAGUGAAUAAAUGUCGCCUGUCCAUUGAACUCAGUUUUGCAAACAUUAUGAGUGAAGGCCAACAUAAAUCUGCCAUCCACUGUUAACUUAUGUUGACAGUUAAGGAUACCAGAGCUUGUUCUAUUCUACUGUCUUACUAUUUUAUUUUGUGUUACCAAUCAAAAUUUUAAUGUUACACUUGCUUUAAAGAUAAUAGUCAGGCACACUUCAUAAUUA